CUCCUCCCUCCUGAGCUGCGGGCAGAGAGGAUAAGACAGGAGCUGGCAGGGCCAGUGCCAGCUGGGCAGCCGCAGGCAGCGCUCAGGACCCUCCCACCAUGGCCUGGCUUCCCCUCUACCUCCUGCCCCUCAUCGUCUCCACAGGUCUCUGUGCUGAUCCUGUGCUCACGCAGCCCCCGUCUGCCUCUGCCGCCCCGGGGGCCUCGGCCAAGCUCGCCUGCACCCUGAGCGCUGAGCACAGCAGCUUUAGUGUUCGCUGGUAUCAGCAGAGACCAGGACAGGCCCCUCGGUUCAUCAUGUACCUUCAGAGCAACGGAAGCCACACCAAGGGGGACGGGAUCCCUGAUCGCUUCUCGGGCUCCAGCUCCGGGGCCGACCGCUACUUAACCAUCUCCAACCUCCAGUCUGAGGACGAGGCUGAGUACAUCUGUGGAUUGGUCUAUAACAUUGAUGGCAAAUUUGGGGGGUUCCACAGUGACACAGACCAAGGGGAA